UCGGUCGAUCGUGGGGGCGUGUUUUCUCAUGACUUACUACAUUACUAGCGUUACUUCAGUCCGUCUGUCGUUGGCAGCGGCGGGUGAUCAGCACACAGAGCUGUAAAGAUGGCGGCCGGUUCAGGGGCUGCAAGCGGCCACGGAGCUCGUAGCUCCAAUGCUGCUAUGGAAGCGACUUUAGACCGGAAAUUUCAGGGUGUCUCGAACACUAUGGAGGCGAUACAGGGACUUUCGAAUUGGUGCAUUGAAAACAAGAAGAACCACAGCCUCAUCGUCCGCAGCUGGAUGAAGUGGCUUAAGAAAUCGGACAACAACCACCGACUGAAUCUCUUCUACGUUGCAAAUGACGUGAUACAAAACUGCAAGCGAAAAAACGCCAUUGUUUUUCGUUCAUCCUUCGCAGAGGUCCUUCCUAAUGCUGCAGGUCUAAUAAAAGAUGGAAAGGUCCGGAGGUCGGUGGAGAGGAUCUUCACCAUCUGGGAGGAGAGGAGUGUGUAUUCUGAGGAGCUCAUUUCCCAGCUGAGAGUCAACCUGAACAAACGGGAAAAGGAACGAGAGAAGCAGAAGGAGAAAGAGAAAGAGAAGCAGAAAGAAAAGGAGACUCCGCCGCCAAAUGCUAACUCCAAAGCUGCUCUCAAAUCCAAGAUUCUUGCAGAGUUUACACCUCAGACCCUCAUCGAGCAGUUGUCCACAUUUAAGAAGGCAAUUACAGAAGAGGAGUUGAGAGAGAAGCAGCUGCCUCCUCUCAGGCUGGACAUCUGCAGCUCCGAGGCACUCAAGAGGUUGAAAGACAAGGCAGGAGGAAACAAGUUUGCUAAGGAUUUUGAGGAUGGCAGUUUAAAGCUGCAGGAGUUGGUCAGCUUCCUGGAGAAAGAUUUGAAAUCAGGGCCUCCUCUGCUGGAAGCUCUGGGAAAUGCAGACAUUUUCUACGAGAUGCAGUACAAGGAAGUUAAAAUUGUGGCUAAUGCGUAUAAUGCGUUUGCCAACCGUGUGGCCAGCCUAAAGAAGAAGCUGGACUCUCUGAAGGCAACUCUACCUGGACCGGAUGACUCCCCCAUUCCCUCCCCCUCUGAAGAUGCCCCCUCUCCAACAGGUUCUGACUCUCCCUUCAUGGUCCUGGGCGCCAAGGUGGAUCCAGAACUGGACGGAAAGGCCAUGGAUGAUGGGGAUCUGCAUGUUUUAAACAAAGACACGGAGGACAUGGAUUUUUCUGAUGAAGAGGCAGUUGCUGUCACAGCAGGAGGAGUUGAGAAGGACAACGCCUCUACCGCUGUCACCAAGGCUACAAAGUCAGAUGCAGCAUCAAAGCCCCUGACUACUCCUGCCAAAGCAGCCAAGACGAACUCCAGUUCCGCUGCUGCUCCAGCGACCCCCACCUCCGCCUCCGCCCAGAACGUUUCCUCGGCCGUGAUGGGAGUCAAUCUGGCAAAGGUGGAUUUGGGAAAGAUCAGCUCCAUCCUCAGCUCCCUCACAUCUGCAAUGAAGAACACCGCAGCUAGUCCGUCACCCCGGCCAUCUCCAGGGACUCCCACCACACCCUCGGGUCAAUCACUGGCGUCCAAGGUCACCCCUCAAAGCCCUGCCCUGGCCAGCAUCCUGUCCCGUGUUGACAUCACACCUGAAGGCAUACUCAGUGCUCUGUCUAAGACAAACACACAAGGUUUGUCUUCUCUUCUGCAAAACGUGACAAACAGUGGUUCUGCCCCCACGACGCGAACCUCCCCAGAGUCGCUAACAUCAAAAACCCCCGUCACCCCAACCAGUUCAAAGACAAAACCCAGUCUAGCAAACAGCCUGAAACGUGAGACUUCCGGAAGAACCAAAGACUGGGAGAAAGAGAAACAUUUGUCUCCUCCACCGCCGCCUCCCCGUUCCUCCGCGUCCUCCGCCUCUCCUCCUAGCUUAGAGUCAAAAAUCAAUAGUUUUUUGCAGGGUAAUCCUGCUUUUAGUCUUGCUCUAGGUGAUGUCAGUCCUGAGGCCGUGGACGGUACACCAGUCAGAGAUGAGACGGCCGGAACCCCGACCCAAGAUGAGAUGAUGGACACACCUGGGAGUAUCGCCGAGUCCCUGGGGUCUUCUGGAGGUCACAAACUCUCUCCCACAGCUUACCGCAAUGAGCUCUGGGAUGCUGUGAUCACUCCAUCAGGAGGCAACGGUGACGGGGAGUUCCUGGGUUCCUCCGCUUCCCGGCAUGGAGCUGGGAAGAAAUUAAGGGAUGACGACCUGAUGAGUGUUAAGAGGCCACUCUCCUCUCCCACACGUAGGGACAUGAAGGGUAAGAAAGACGGGCAGUCCAGUCAGGCUAGGCUACUUGGCAGAACGAUGGGAGAAAGGAGACCCUCUGAAAGCUCUCGCAAGGCGAGCAUCAGCUCAGAUGAUGGAAGUCUGAGUGGGAAAAGAGACGACAAGGGCAAAGGUCAAGAGCCUAAUAAAAAAGAGGGUCAGUACCACCGCAUAGAAACCCUUGUCUCCCCUUGUACCGAAGGAGCCCCCAUCCAGACUCUCAGCUCCUCCAAUCGUCCUCUCACUGGGGAGCCCAUUAAGACAGUUGAGAGCAUCCGCGUCAUAGGCCGAGGGUCCCGGCGAGGAGGCGGGGGCGGGAGUCGCCCAGGCGCGGCCAUGUGGUAUGAGGAAGAGGAGUACAUGGACACCCCGUCUGCCCACAACGCCCCACCCCUUCUUAACAUUGGCUCAGAGGACAUGACUCCCUCCAUGCCGCCUCCUCACCCACAGCAGCUCCUCACUCACCUCCACCAUCCUCCACACUCUCACCUUCCUCCAUCAGCUCUUUUCCAGCUAUCGUAUCACAUGGAUAUCCCUCCUCCUCCCCCACCUCCACCCGGUCAUCCGUCAUCACUCCAUCACCAGCAUCCUCUUUCUUCCUCUCCAUUCCUGGGCAGCCCACCACUAAUACCUCUCCCCCCUCCACCCCCCAUUCCACAGCACCCUUCCUCGACUCACCCUGCAGUGCCCACUGCGGUCAUGGUGGGGGGAGUGUUGGUCCCCGUCGACCGUCCUCUCGCCCUUCCUCAUGCACCCAGACCUGAAGACCGAGGUAGAAUGGGGCACAGGGGUAAUAAAGCGGCCCCUCUGCCUCUCAUGACAUCAUUGCUGGGCGACCCCCCGAGGCCUCCUCGUCCUGGCACAGUUAAAGAGCCCUUUCACCAACGGCAGGCGCCGCCGUUCCACCGCCCCGGCACCGGAGGUGUUCCUCCACCUUUACUUGGCCGAGUGAAAGAUUCUCUGAAGCUGCCAAUUCCACCACCCUCACCCUCUCCCACAAACACCUCACCUUCCACCCCCAAUUCCCCCGCCGUUGAGGCUGCACCAGGUCGAUUGUCUUCCCAGGCCCUCCAGAAACCCUCACGCAGUCCUCCAAAUGCACCCGGCAACCACCCUGCCCCUGUUCCCCUCCUGUCCUUGCCCACCCCUCGACCCCCGAUCCUUUCCUCCCCGGUCUCUUCACAGCAGCGCGGGAGAGUCCACUCUCACCACCACAACAGGGAUUUCUCCAGAGGAGGGUUCCGAGGAGGAAAGCGGUCUGGCGCUCCCUUCGCAGGCGCUCCCUCUCAUCACGGGCAGAAGAGACCCUUUCAACCCCCGCGCUACUGAAGUGGUCCUCUACGACAAGAUGAUUGAGUGAAAAAGCCACACAUCUCCUAGCGCAGUGUCUCUGUGUGUGUGUGUUAGCCCCCGCUGGUAUGAGCCCAGAUAUCUUUACAUUGUUUAAAGCAUGACUUAAAACGAGGCAGAGUCCUGUGUAAAUAGCUGAUUAAAACGCA